UACGUACUAACUUGUUGGCAUUGUAAGUGGUAUCUAACUGGCGAAGCUAGCUCAUCCUGCUCAGUGACACUGGUGCGCCGCAGGGAAAAUCAAUCCUACGUGAUGUGGUACGUAUCGAUCCGAUCGACUCCCUCCAGCGAUGUUCAUCCCGCCAAGCAAGCAUGUCCUCAAUGCACAAGUGUCUAUACGGGCACCUUGCUGCAAGCAGUGGUUCGACUGCGCGGAGUGUCACGAGGAGACACAGGACCAUCGACUAAAGAGGACGAUGGAGAUGGUGUUCAUAUGUAAGAAGUGCAAGAAGGCUUUCAGGAAGGAUAUGUCGAACUACGAGGAGAGCGACGAGUAUUGCCCACAUUGUGAUAAUCAUUAUGUGAGUCGUGCUUUUUUUUUUGAUAGAAGUGGUGAUGGUGAGUGGUGGUUGCUCAUGCGACGGGUGACCCGGUUCGUGCAGGUGAUCGAGGCCAAGACACCUCAGGCCGUAGUCGGCGUAGAAGGCGACGAUGCACGUAUCGAUUCGCGGUAAGUGGCAUAUUGCAGAAUUUACGCAUUGAAACGAACAUCCAUCUGACCGUUUUUGGUACCGUGUGCAGGAUGCU